GCUAAGAUGUGAGUGUGUGUGUGUGUGUGUGUGUGAAAGAGAGAGAUAGAGAAAAGGGGAGGGAGAGAGAAAGACGGGAAGAGGGAGAGAUCAGUCGGUCCAGACCUCAGCAGCAUCAUGGCUCCUAUCGGAUUAAAGGCGGUGGUCGGAGAAAAGAUCAUGAAUGAUGUCAUCAAGAAGGUGAAGAAGAAGGGAGAAUGGAAGGCUCUGAUUGUGGACCAGCUCAGCAUGAGGAUGUUGUCUUCCUGCUGCAAGAUGACAGACAUCAUGACAGAGGGCAUCACCAUUGUGGAGGACAUCAACAAACGACGAGAGCCUCUCCCCAGCCUGGAGGCCAUUUUUCUGAUCACACCCACAGAAAAGUCUGUCCACACCCUCAUCGCAGACUUCAAAGAUCCUCAUUCACAGAAGUACAAGGCAGCCCACGUGUUCUUCACCGACUCCUGCCCCGAUCCUCUGUUCAACGAGCUGGUGAAGAGCAGAGCCUCCAAGACUAUCAAGACUCUGACGGAGAUCAACAUCGCCUUUCUCCCCUACGAGUCUCAGGUGUACUCUCUGGACAAUCUGGAUGCCUUCCACAGCUUCUACAGCCCCCAUAAGACCCAGCUCAAGAACCCAGUGAUGGAGAGGCUGGCCGAACAGCUAGCAACACUGUGUGCCACCCUGAAGGAAUAUCCAGCUGUCAGAUACCGAGGGGAGUACAAGGACAAUGCCACACUGGCUCAGCUGCUCCAAGACAAACUGGACGCCUACAAGGCUGAUGACCCAACCAUGGGAGAGGGUCCUGACAAGGCGCGCUCUCAGCUGAUCAUCCUGGACAGAGCCUUUGACCCUGUCUCUCCUGUCCUUCAUGAGCUGACCUUCCAGGCCAUGGGCUAUGAUCUGCUGCCCAUUGAAAAUGAUGUCUACAAGUAUGACACCAGUGGAAUGGGUGACUCUCGGGAGAAGGAGGUCCUUCUUCAUGAGGACGAUGACCUAUGGGUCAGUCUGAGACACAAACACAUAGCUGAGGUCUCUCAGGAGGUGACACGUCAGCUGAAGGACUUCUCUGCCAGCAAAAGGAUGAACACCGGAGAGAAGACUACAAUGAGGGACCUGUCUCAGAUGCUGAAGAAGAUGCCUCAGUACCAGAAGGAGCUCAGUAAGUACUCCACUCACCUGCAGCUGGCUGAAGACUGUAUGAAGCACUACCAGGGAACAGUGGACAAACUGUGCCGCGUGGAACAGGACUUGGCCAUGGGGACAGACGCAGAGGGGGAGAAGAUCAAAGACCCCAUGAGGGCCAUCGUUCCCAUCCUGCUGGACGCCAACGUCAGCACAUAUGACAAGAUCCGCAUCAUCCUGCUCUACAUCUUCCUUAAGAACGGCAUCACAGAGGAGAAUCUGAACAAGCUGAUCCAACAUGCUCAGAUCCCCCCUGAGGACAGUGAGAUCAUCACUAACAUGGCCCACCUGGGUGUGCCCAUCAUCACAGAUUCUACCCUCCGCCGAGGAAAGAAGCUGGACAGAAAGGAGCGCGUGAGCGAACAGACCUAUCAGCUGUCCCGCUGGACACCACUGGUCAAGGACAUUAUUGAGGAUGCCAUUGAAGACAAAUUGGACACCAAGCACUACCCCUACAUCUCCACCCGCUCCUCUGCCUCCUUCAGCACCACUGCAGUGAGUGCUCGGUACGGACAAUGGCACAAGAAUAAAACACCUGGAGAGUACCGCACAGGUCCACGAGUCAUGGUCUUCAUCAUCGGUGGCGUGUCCUUCAGCGAGAUGCGCUGUGCCUAUGAGGUCACACAGGCCAAUGGAAAAUGGGAGGCCAUCAUUGGCUCGACCAACAUCUUCACCCCCACCAGCCUGUUGGAGCAGCUGAAGGCCAUGAACAAACCAGAUGAGGAAGAGAAGGCCAAAAAGCAGCUCUCUACAGACUUGUACUACAACUACCAAGAUGUGAGCUCCGGACCAUCAGUCACAGUCGGCUCUGAAAUCCCAGAAAACCUCUUGCACCUCUCUCACUCAUUUGGUUACGACAGUCGGCGACGAGCCAACCUUCAACUGCUGGACGACAGAACUCUGAUGUUCAUAGCAGGUAACCUGCUGGUUUUGCUGGACAUGUACACAGCUGAGCAGAGGUAUCUACGCUCCUGCAGCGGAGGAGGAAUUGGCUCCAUCACGGUUCACCCUAGAAGAGAAAACUUUGUUGCAGCAGAGAAAGGAAACCAGCCCAACAUCCUCAUUUAUGAAUAUCCAUCAUUACGACUGUACCACAUCCUCAGAGGUGGCACAAUGCACACAUUCAGCUCAGUGCAAUUCAACCCCGAUGGGACUCUCCUGGCCAGUGUGGGCGGAGCUUCUGACUACACAUUGACGGUGUGGAACUGGAGGCAGGAGGAGGUGGUGCUGAGGUGCAAGGCCAUUUCUCAGGAGGUCUACAGAGUCAGCUUCUCCCCAUACGAGCCAGGACUGCUCACAACCUCAGGAUCUGGACACAUCAAGUUCUGGAAGAUGGCCAGUACUUUCACAGGUCUGAAACUUCAGGGACAUGUGGGACACUUUGGAACAGCUGCAGCUACCGAUAUUGACGGAUACCUGGAGCUUCCAGAUGGAAGGGUGGUGUCAGGAACAGAAUGGGGAAAUUUACUGCUCUGGGUUGAAAACGCUGUCAAAGUGGAGAUUUCCCGUAAGGAGGGGCGGAGCUGCCACGGCGGGUCAGUUCAGCCAUUUGUUCUGGAUGAUGGACAACUGAUGACCUUUGGCUCUGAUGGAGUGGUGAGGACCUGGGACUUUGAGAGCAUCCAGUCCGCCAACAGUCUUGAGGACAACAACAGGUUUGAGAUGGAGCCUAUGAACGAGCUGGUGGUGGGACACAAUGUCUGCCUGUGUUCUGUGGUGAAGGGUCCUCAACCUGACUCCUUCAUCUGGUUCGCUCAGGACUCAAAUGGAGGGAUCUGGAAACUGGAUCUGUCCUUCACUAAUACAACUCCAGAUCCAGAGUGUCUGUUCUCCUUUCAUGCUGGAGUAAUACAGGGCCUGGAUGUCUCACAGAAGUCCCACCUCAUGGCAACGACUUCUCUAGACCGUUCAGUUAGAGUUUUUGAUUUCCUGGCCAAAAAAGAACUGACAUGCAGCCGUUUUAAUCAGGGCGGAACAGCUCUGGCCUGGGCUCCACCUUCGGUUCACCGCAGCGGAGGUUUACUGAUAAUUGGGUUUGAAGACGGUGUGGUCCGACUGCUGCAGCUGUAUAGCACUGAGACACCACAUCAACUCACCUGGCCCAACACCAGUGGAGAUGUCAAGCUCCGCCUCCAGCAGGCCUUUAAACCCCACAAGGCUGCUGUCACCGCUCUGUCUUGUGAGACAGACAUUUUAGCCACAGGGAGCUCCGACUGCACUGUUUUCUUUUUUGCUCUCGGAGAAACUUACAGCCCCAUCGGCUUCAUUCAUGUUCCUGGGCCAGUUCAGAGGCUGCAGUGGUCUCCUCAUCCUCAGAGUGAGAGCAGACUACUAAUCUUCUGUCAGAGUGGUCACGUGGUAGAGGUGCACAGACCUGAUCCAGGUGCUCAGAAACCUGCUAAGACCUUCCAGCUGCUGGAUCUACCAAGGAAAACAUUUCGGUUCAAGAGCAUCAAAUCACGAAUCAAGAGAGAGGAGGAAGUUGCAAGACGUCAAGCUUUAAAGGAAGAGAAAAAGAAAAGAGAAAGAAGAGUGGCUUUAAGAAUUGAAUCAGAGCAGGUGGAAGAAAAUAAGCAGGACACAAGAGAAGAAGAAGAAGAUGAAGUUGAAGAUGAAGAUGAAGACGAAGAAGAGUUACCACCUGUCCACAUCCCUGUGUGUCCGAGUCCUAUCUACUGUGGUUUCUAUUCAAAGCCUGGACACUUCUGGCUAUCGAUGGGAGGCUUUGACUCAGGUUACCUGUAUCAUUGUAAGUUUUCUGAGGACCAGGAAGAAGAUCCAGAUAACCAGUGGGAUGAGCCCUUCCACUAUGUUCCCAUUGAAAACUCAGACACGGACCCCAUUCGCUCUGUGACAUUCAGGUACAGGGCAUGCAAUUCAGAGCUGCUACUGGGUCCAUAUUUCAAGGAUCAGGCAGAACAAGAGAAGUCCAGGCUGAUAAUGGAGGUUAGAAAACAGCUGAGCUGGGAGGAAGAGAGAAGUGGAGCAGCUCUGAAGAAACUACAGGACUGGUUCUUUGCCUCUCUGGAAACCAACAUAGUCACUGUAGUGGCCAUCUCCAGCGACCACAGAGUAUCCACCUACCUCCAGCAACCAACCACUGAGUUCCCGACUCAACACCAACACAUAAACACCAUCAACCAACCUGACGGAGACUGUAAUGCUGCAUCGGAGAGGAGGAACCACGGAGCGUGGCCUGUAGAAGACAGUGACAAAAAGAGAGACGAGGAGGUGGAGGUGCUGCGUCCACAGGUGCCACCAUCAGCAGGUGUAAGGCUGGGAGUCCGACAGGAGGAGAAGCUGAGGAGAGCUGCGGAGAAGGCAGAACAAGCGCGAGCCAAAAUAGAGAAGAGGAAAAAAGAAUGGGCCAAACUUCACGCAGAGAAACCAGAUGAGAACCAUGAGGAUCCUCGGGCCGCACAGCUCAUCCGUGAAGCCAGAGAGAACAUCGGAGACUUAAAACUAAGGACAGAGACAGACCAAGCUGUGCCAGAACAUCUAAGGAUGAAUCCAGAGAAGAAGAGAGUGGAGAUCAUGGGUCUGGAGAUCAGUAUUCGAGAACAACAAACCCAGAUGAACAGUCGCAUCAUGGCGUUGAGGGACUCCAAGCUCGACCUGGUUUCUCGGUUGCAGUCGCAGGUCCAACAGUUGCACAAAGUCCAGCAGCGUCUGCCAACUCAUCUCCACCGUCCGCCUCCUGUCCUGCCCACAAUACAACCAGAGGAAACCCCAGAGAGGAGGCUACAGUACGAUGACAGCAGACUGGAUCAAUACCGCGCCCUGAGAGAACAAAGCAGAUCCAGGGUCAUGGGGCAGGAGGAGGACGAGGAGCAAACCACAUAUUUAUUGGAGCUGCUGGAAAAGGAAAUUCAGGAAAAAGGAGAUCAGAAGAUACAACAGGAAGUGACUCAUCCAAUGAUUUCACCAGAGGAAGGAACAGACGAGGAGGAGGUGGAGCUGAGCGAUCUGGAGAAGGAGCUUCUACGAGAGGAGGAAAUCAGACUGUUGUACGAGCAGGACUACCUGCUGGAGCAGAUAAAUAUUUCGAUGUAUCAGUUCGACGCUGAACUUCUGCUGCUGCGUCAUCAGAAGCUUCAUCUGGACUGGGAACUGAAAAUGGCCGACCUCCGUCGCCUGACGCUCUGCCAGGAGCUGCUACUCCUCAUGGAGUUUGCGAAGAGGGAGGUCGGCCUGCAGGAGGCGCUGGACAAAUUUGUCAGGGAGGAGAAUGGGAUCACGUCCCGGCUGGAUAACUGCAGUCAGCAGCUGCAGCAGAAGCACAGAGACAUGUCCAAGCUGCAGGAGCAGGAAAAGGCAGUGGUUGCUGCCUUCCAGGAGUCACUGGGGCAGAACAACAAGUUUGAAGCCUUUCUCACCGGAGUCUUUAAGAGAAAUGUCAAAUAUGUGAAGACGCAGGAGCCAAGUGAAGGUGAAGAAAUGGACAGUGAUGAAGACUCUGAUGCUGUUGAUGAUGACAGUGACUCGGGAGAAAACGCAGUCCAAGGCUGUGACCCUCAGUUGUACGAAAACACGUUGCAGCUGAGGGAGCGAAGGCUGGACGUGGAGGCGCUGCUAAUGGAAGAGAAGAGGAGGGCGGAGGCCCUGAAGGAGGAGCAAGAGGUUCUUCUCAAGAAGCAGAAAACAGCAAGGCUCAGUGUGAAGGCAGCGGAGCAGGACCUGGAGGAAAUCAACAGAGAGAAGCAGGAGAAGAUGAAUGAGCUGGAGGUGGUUGUUCCUCUGAGGCUCCAUCAGAUUGAAUUCAUUGCCAACGGCUCCAUCCCGGCCGAUUUAAGUGAGGCACUGGUGGUGGACAGCAGCGAGCUGAGAAGACUGCAGCAGCGCAUCGAACAGCUGCACGUGGAGAGGGGUCAGCAGAAAGAAGCAAAGGUCCAGGUCCGACGAGACCACAGCAGACUGAUCCAUGAGUGCAAGGAGCUAAAGACUACAAUCACAGAGCUGGAGGAGCAGUGCGACACUCUGAUGAUGAAGAAAUUUGGGAGACUGGUGGAUCUGGAGGCUCUGCAGACACUGAGAGGAAACCGGGAGCUGGAGGAGCUGAAGCAGCAAAAAGUUCUUCAAGAAGCUCGAUGGGGCAAAGAAGGCAGAGAGUGGGAGGCCAAGGUCGAAGCAGCGCAUGAUGCUCUGAUGGACGUGACCAGGUGCAACACGGAACUUCUCGCCAGAAAGAAGAAAUUUGUUGAAGAAAACAUGGAACUGAAGCGUAAACUGGAGACUCAUCAGAGGAAAACUACUACCCAGGGGGCGCUCUUCCAAGAUCACAGAAGACGAGUAGAUCAAGAAGAGAUCCGAAGACUCCAAAUGUUGGUGAAGAAGCAGACGGACCAAGCCGAAGCUAUUAGGAGAGAGAUUUACUUCCUGUCCCGAAAAGGAGGCCACGUAGUUCCCCCUGCACAGGCCACGCUACCCCCCCUUACCCCAGUGACCACCUCCUCUUGCACUGGUCAGACACACAUGGGGAAUCAAGGUAAAGGAGCAGUGCGUCAAUUGAAACUGGCUAAUGUGCAAAGGUCACAGAAGUAAACACCGAAGCUUUCAGUAAAGGCGAUAUAAAGAUAGUGAAUAGAUGAUGUCUAGGAACAUCACAAAACCACAUUUUAAUUAGGUUUAUAUUUUUAAAGAAUGUAUGAGUAAUAUAUAUGUUGCUCCCCUGACGACAUAUAGUACAGGAAUACCAAAGUUAUCGCUGGUGUAUUAAGACUUCUCCUUGAUUUUGAUCCAAACAUUAAAAAUGUCCGAUGGUGUGACU